AUGACUGUGCAAAUCCUGGUGAUAAUCUUUCUUUGUAUCAACAUGUUGCUCACUGUGACCGUUUUUAAAAGGGAAUCAUUUUACACAUCUUCUCGCUACAUUUUAUUUUUUGUCACAUUACUCUCAGACAGCUUUUUGUUAGUCACGACCGAUAUCCUACUUAUCUUAACCAAUUUCCGAUGUUCAUUACAAGUUUGGUUGUGUAUAAUUAUCUUUUGGUUGUGUAUAUUUAUCUGUCUUUUUGUGCUUGUGUAUUCUAUUGUCACACCAGUUACUCUGACAGCAAUGACUCUGGAGCGCUAUGUAGCCAUUUGUAUGCCCCUUCGUCAUGGACAGCUGUGCUCCACACGCAGCACUAUGUACUGUAUCCUGAUUAUUCAUGGCCUCAGCUCUGGGCCAUGCAUUGUUAUCAUUUCCAUGUUCUUUGCUACUGCUUCACUUAGCUUCUACAAUCAAUACACUAUUUGCUCUGUUGAAAUGUUUAUGCUUUAUAGAUGGCAGGAUCAUGCUCGCUCAGCUGUAAGUCAGUUUUAUUUCAUGACUAUGGGCAUCACUAUUGUUUUUUCAUAUGUUCAAAUAAUGAAAGUGGCCAAAGCUGCAUCAGGAGAGAGUAAGAAGUCAACACAAAAAGGAGUGAGAACAGUGAUCCUUCAUGCUUUCCAGCUGUUUCUCUGUCUUGUUCACCUGUGGAGUCCAUUCAUAGAAACAGCUGUCCUUCAGAUUGACGUCAACUUGUUUAGAGAUUUCAGAUAUUUUAACUAUGUAUUUUUUAGUAUUGUUCCAAGGUGUCUGAGUCCUCUCAUCUAUGGCCUCAGGGAUGAAACUUUCUUUCUUUCUUUGAAAAAUCUCAUGCCUACUUCAUCCUGUUCAAAAAAACAUGUGAUUUGA